UCAAUAACAGCAAUAUCAACAGUAGCUAUGGAUGGAGCUAGUCCAACUGACUCAACAACAACAAUAUCAACAGUAGCUGUGGAUGGAGCUAGUCCAACUGACUCAAUAACAGCAAUACCAACAGUAGCUGUGGAUGGAGCUAGUCCAACUGACUCAACAACAAUAUCAACAGUAGCUGUGGAUGGAGCUAGUCCAACUGACUCAAUAACAGUAGCAGCUGUGGAUGGAUCUAGUCCAACUGACUCAACAACAACAAUAUCAACAGUAGCUGUGGAUGGAGCUAGUCCAGCUGACUCAAUAACAGUAGCUGUGGAUGUAGCUAGUCCAACUGACUCAAUAACAACAACAGUAGCUGUGGAUGGAGCUAGUCCAACUGACUCAACAACAGUAGCUGUGGAUGGAGUUAGUCCAACUGACUCAACAACAACAACAGUAGCAACAGUAGCUAUGGAUGGAGCUAGUCCAACUGACUCAAUAACAACAACAGUAGCAACAGUAGCUAUGGAUGGAGCUAGUCUAACUGACUCAAUAACAACAACAGUAGCAACAGUAGCUAUGGAUGGAGCUAGUCCAACUGACUCAAUAACAACAACAGUAGCAGCAGUAGCUAUGGAUGGAGCUAGUCCAACUAACUCAACAACAACAUCAACAGUAGCUAUGGAUGGAGCUAGUCCAACUGACUCAAUAACAACAACAUCAACAGUAGCUAUGGAUGGAGCUAGUCCAACUGACUCAAUAACAACAACAUCAACAGUAGCUAUGGAUGGAGCUAGUCCAACUGACUCAAUAACAACAACAUCAACAGUAGCUAUGGAUGGAGCUAGUCCAACUGACUCAACAACAAUAUCAACAGUAGCUGUGGAUGGAGCUAGUCCAACUGACUCAAUAACAGUAGCAGCUGUGGAUGGAUCUAGUCCAACUGACUCAAUAACAACAACAGUAGCUGUGGAUGGAGCUAGUCCAACUGACUCAACAAUAUCAACAGUAGCUGUGGAUGGAGCUAGUCCAACUGACUCAAUAACAGUAGCUGUGGAAGUAGCUAGUCCAACUGACUCAAUAACAACAACAGUAGCUGUGGAUGGAGCUAGUCCAACUGACUCAACAACAGUAGCUGUGGAUGGAGCUAGUCCAACUGACUCAAUAACAGCAAUAUCAACAGUAGCUAUGGAUGGAGCUAGUCCAACUGACUCAACAACAACAAUAUCAACAGUAGCUGUGGAUGGAGCUAGUCCAACUGACUCAAUAACAGCAAUACCAACAGUAGCUGUGGAUGGAGCUAGUCCAACUGACUCAACAACAAUAUCAACAGUAGCUGUGGAUGGAGCUAGUCCAGCUGACUCAAUAACAGUAGCUGUGGAUGUAGCUAGUCCAACUGACUCAAUAACAACAACAGUAGCUGUGGAUGGAGCUAGUCCAACUGACUCAACAACAACAACAUCAACAGUAGCUAUGGAUGGAGCUAGUCCAACUGACUCAAUAACAACAACAUCAACAGUAGCUAUGGAUGGAGCUAGUCCAACUGACUCAAUAACAACAACAUCAACAGUAGCUAUGGAUGGAGCUAGUCCAACUGACUCAAUAACAACAACAUCAACAGUAGCUAUGGAUGGAGCUAGUACAACUAACUCAACAACAUCAACAGUAGCUAUGGAGGGAGCUAGUACAACUAACUCAACAACAUCAACAGUAGCUAUGGAUGGAGCUAGUACAACUGACUCAAUAACAACAACAUCAACAGUAGCUAUGGAGGGAGCUAGUACAACUAACUCAACAACAUCAACAGUAGCUAUGGAGGGAGCUAGUACAACUAACUCAACAACAUCAACAGUAGCUAUGGAUGGAGCUAGUACAACUGACUCAAUAACAACAACAUCAACAGUAGCUAUGGAGGGAGCUAGUACAACUAACUCAACAACAACAACAGUAGCUAUGGAUGGAGCUAGUCAUCAUGCUGGUUGCUCACUGCAUGGAGGAGCAGAAUCCAUCCAUCCAGACUCACUCUGCUGGUCUGUCCAGUCCCUGAUCCCCCUCUGUCUCAUAGAAUGGAGUGCAGGUACAGAAGUACACAUUCCUCUUCGUAAAAACUUUAUUGUCCCAACGCUGAACAAUAUGAUUUGUAGCAAAAACGGGAACAAAUGUGUACACACACAGAUGUGUACAAGCAGACACACACACACCACCAGGCCUAGGAGAACAUCUGUGCUGAAGUCUCCUCUGGUCACUCUGUUUUUAAUGAUGAAUUAAACACUAAAGGGAAAAUGAUUGCCGUCUCUCAGUAUAUGGUUUGGAUUGAUUGGUAGCAUGUUGUCACUGUACAAAUUCCUUUUGUAAUUCACACGACUGAUAAAUGAAGUAAGACGUAACCGAAGAUAAUGUCAUUUUAAAACCGUUGUUCUCCAUAAUUAAAAGGCGGAGCUGUGGCUUACAGACAA